GAUCUUCUGUCAUUGUGUUUGUGGGGGGGGGCGACCCCCGACCGCCCUCCGUUUGCGUUCGAUGGGCCCGUCCAAUAGCUGUGCUCCGGACGCGAUGUUCGGAUAUCCCUUGUGCGCUCUACGAAAUGUGGAAUCGCGUGGCAGGCAACGACGCAGCCGUCAGCUGCGUUGUGUAACGCGUGGUGCCGGGGGCCGUCUUUGUCGUUCAGCGUCUCAAGAAGAUCGACGACGGCUGUGUGUGCGUGUUCGCCAGGUGACAAGGGUCGACUCUCUCGGGGGGGGGGGGCCUCGUCGUACGCGUUUGCUGGGUGCUUGACGACAACAGUCCAACGAGUGUCGGUGCCAUGGCUUACAUGUGGAGGUGGUAUCAAGGCCUCAUGGUCAGACAUCCAUGGAAGGUCCAGAUCACUACUGCCGGUAGCUUCGUUGGUGUGGGUGACAUAAUCUCCCAGCAAGUGGUGGAGCACAAGGGCCUCCGGAAUCACGAUCGAGCACGGACGGCCAAAAUGAUGCUCAUUGGCUUUGCGUUUGUGGGACCUGUGAUUGGGGGCUGGUACCGGGUGCUGGAUCGGCUGGUUCCUGGCACCACCAAGACUGUUGCCCUCAAGAAGAUGGCGCUUGACCAGGGAGCUUUUGCACCGCCCUUUCUCGUGGGCUUCAUGUCCAUCGUGGGGACGCUGAACGGCCUGACGAACCCCCAGAUCCUGGACAAGCUCCGCAGAGAUUACCGAGACACACUGACGGCCAAUUACUACAUAUGGCCAGCUGUCCAAAUAGCAAACUUCUACUUUAUUCCGUUACAACACAGGCUUGCUGUGGUGCAGUGCGUAGCGCUCAUUUGGAAUGUCUACCUUUCGUGGAAAUCCAACAAGAAAUAAGUCUUCUCUGGUUCAAGCCUUACCUCUUAACAAUUGUGCUUCAUUUGCCAUCACAAAGUAAUUCACGACCUGUGCAAUGCCAUUACAACUCGCGGUAUAUUGCCUAUGAAGACGCCACGCCGUAACGUCAUCUAACAAGUAGCUCAUCCCAUAAUGCUGAUUGCACCGACCAGAAUGGAAUUGAUGUGCAUGCAUCCACAUUGUUACGUACAGCAAAGCCCACCUUAAACAAAUGCUUACAAUUGUUGGUAUUGAUUUUGUUCUAUGAAUAAUUAUUUAGGGUUUUUUUUUUACCCCCCAAUGUUUGCAAAUAAAUGUCACGAGAAAAAUAAUCCGUGUGGAAAUCUCGCAGAGCAGUGCGCCCUAUGAGUCUGAUAGCUAGUUGGCCGCAAAAAGGGGUUUUCACAAGACGUGCAAAAAUCUUUCAAGUGGCCUUUUCAACAUCUGCCCAGUAAGGGGGGGGGGGCCUUCACUUUCCCAAAGGCUUUGCUGUGAGAUUGUUACAUAACGGUCCAACAAAUAUAACGUUUUUCCUAGAGCUGCAAUUUAGUCAAAUCGAAUGCAAAACCAUAUUGAAUAUAAUGGCUUUUAGUGUGCAGUCACUGGGUGACCAUCAACUAAGUACGCUUGAGAAAAUGGGCAGCAGAACCCCAGGAUUCAUUCUCAGGAUCUCAGCAGUGCCAGCUUGGCAGCCACUUCAUUUUAGAUGUCACAGGUCACUGUUGACCCAAGAGGUGUCUCGAAGUUACGAUUGUUUUCAAGCAUUAAGAACAGAUGGUGUGUGCCUCCAUUGUUAUCGCCUUUUGUUUUAAGAUUUGCAUGAAUGAACAGCGUUUCAGCUUUGCUUUUAAAGUAACUCGCAAUGCCGUUUACUAAGCCACUGUGAGAUUUUAUUUAAAUCUAUGAACAGAUGACAUUUGAUGCAAUGCGUAUAAAUAAUAACUUGUUUACUAAGCCUCCUGUGUACAAGGUUUGUGAUUAUAUCUAAGAAUAAGUGAUAUUUGAUGCAAUAAAUUGAAUUGAAUGCAGUAGUAAUUACACUUCAUUGAAAACUGGGGAGUGCGAAUGCAGUUCAUUAUGAACCUGGUUACCUGAAUUAAAUUCCCAGCCAUGGCUAA